AUGGUGAUUCACCCGUGGAAUGAGGCUGAGACGCAGUCGUCAGUGUGUGGCAGAGCGUCUCUGAACAACAGGAUCGUCGGAGGGGAGGUGGCCCCCGAGGGGAACUGGCCCUGGCAGGUCAGUCUGAACAGGUUCGGGGUCCAGUUCUGCGGAGGGUCCCUCAUCAACGAGGAGUGGGUUCUGAGCGCCGCCCACUGCUUCCAGGGUCUCACGACCGCCCGGCUGACGGCGCACCUCGGCCGCCAGAGCCAAUCCGGACCGAACCCCAACGAGCAGUCCUGGAGCAUCUCGCAGAUUGUCAGUCAUCCCAACUACAGCAACGUGACGGAGGACAACGACAUCGCCCUGCUCAGGCUCUCCUCACCGGCGACCUUCACCAGCAGCAUCGUGCCCGUGUGCCUGGCGGCUCCCGGCAGCGCUGCCCACACCGGGGUCAACGUCUGGGUCACCGGCUGGGGGUCGACUAGUGAGAAUGGCUCGUUCUCCAACGACCUGAGGGAGGUGGAGGUGCCGGUCGUGGGGAACAGACAGUGUAACUGUAACCUUGGCGUGGGUCGGAUCACCGACAACAUGCUGUGCGCCGGGCUCACAGAAGGAGGGAGGGACGCCUGUCAGGGGGAUUCAGGAGGUCCGCUGGUGAGCAGGCAGGGAGGCGUUUGGGUGCAACUCGGAAUUGUGAGUUUUGGGUCUGGCUGUGCCAAUCCUGGAUUACCGGGAGUGUACACCCGCGUGUCCCGCUACAUGAGCUGGAUCAACGGCCGCAUCACCAGCAACCAGCCGGGCUACGUCACCUUCAGGUCCACGGGAACCGACAGCGACCUGAAUGUCACCUGCAGAGGUCUCCCACCUCCUCCAACCGCCAGUGGAACCACCGCUCCUGCAACUACACCCGGAAGCAACACCAACAACCCUGCUCCUGCAACUACACCUGGAACCAACACCAACAACCCUGCUCCUGCAACUACACCUGGAACCAACACCAAUAACCCUGCUCCUGCAACUACACCUGGAACCAACACCAAUAACCCUGCUCCUGCAACUACACCUGGAACCAACACCAACAACCCUGCUCCUGCAACUACACCUGGAACCAACACCAAUAACCCUGCUCCUGCAACUACACCUGGAACCAUCAACCCUGCUCCUGCAACUACACCUGGAACCAACACCAACAACCCUGCUCCUGCAACUACACCUGGAACCAUCAACCUUGCUCCUGCAACUACACCUGGAACCGUCAACCCUGCUCCUGCAACUACACCUGGAACCAACACCAACAACCCUGCUCCUACAACUACACCUGGAACCAACAACCCCGCUCCUGCAACUACACCUGGAACCAACAACCCUGCUCCUGCAACUACACCUGGAACCAACACCACAGGUGGAACCUCCAGCAGCUCUACUACUGGUCUGUCUUCUUCAAACACCACAGCCGCCUCCUCUCAGACCACCGCCAGCGGGGGGUCCUCCAGUCCCUCCACCUCCCUCAUGGCCGUCCUCCACCUCCUGGCCGUCUCCACUAGCCUCCAGCUCUUCUCAUAGAGACGAGCCUGAGUCACAUGAUGUGAGAAAACAAACGUGAGAUGAAGGCGAAUCCAGUCAGAAGCAAACAAACCAGAAGGCCUGUUCUGUUACUGAAACAGGAUACCGUUCACACGAAGCUUUCAAGAGAAAACUCAACAUUUUGGGACAAUUUUCAGUGUCUGUUUGCACAGGGGUGUUUUCAGCCACUGAAAAUGCAACUUUCUUUUCAUUAACAUGAUUUACAAAUGGGUUGACGUCGCAGAAGUGGAAAACGGAUUAUUAAUUUUUAUUAGCUUCAAGAUUAAAAACAA